CCCACCCAUCUGCAUCCUACUAGCUGUGCGGCGACGACGAGGCAACCACAAACAGAGGCGGCGCUGCAACCUCGCGACCACCAGGCGGCGGCGGAGUCGGAGGCGACCGAUGGCGACGGGCGGCGCCGGCGAGGACGGCGCCAGCGGCGAGUUCUACCUGCGGUACUACGUGGGGCACAAGGGCAAGUUCGGCCACGAGUUCCUCGAGUUCGAGUUCCGCCCCGACGGCAAGCUCCGCUACGCCAACAACUCCAACUACAAGAACGACACCAUGAUCCGCAAGGAGGUCUUCGUCUCCCCCUCCGUCCUCCGCGAGGCCAGGAGGAUCAUCCAGGAGUCCGAGAUCAUGAAGGAGGACGACAACAACUGGCCGGAGCCCGACCGCGUGGGCAGGCAGGAGCUCGAGAUCGUCAUGGGCAACGAGCACAUCUCCUUCACCACCUCCAAGAUCGGCUCCCUCGUCGACGUCCAGACCAGCAAGGACCCGGAGGGCCUCCGCAUCUUCUACUACCUCGUCCAGGAUCUGAAGUGUUUUGUGUUUUCACUCAUCAAUCUCCACUUUAAGAUCAAGCCUAUUCAAUCUUGAGCUCCUUCCUGCCUCUUUUGUUACGUUCAGUGUUAGAGAAUUCUGUACUAUUAUGUAUGAUCCAGUGAGUUAAACAUGAUGAAGGUGGGUGUUUGUGGAACACUGAGCGUGGAAUCUUAAGACUUCGAUGCCAGGGAUUGUUGGAUUGCGCAAGCUUUGGGUGCUCGUUCAAGGAGUGAUAUUAAUGCUUGUAUUUCUUUUUCUAUUCCCAGGAGGCUUUCCCCAGAAGUAGCAUUAUUAUUUACAUCCUUUCGGUUGUUUAAGCUGAGCUUACGGACCACUGCUGUCAGUAUCUGUUACUGCUAAUAGUAACUGUUCUGCUAUA